AUGGGUAAUACUAAUUAUAGACCCUUUGACCUUGGAAGUUGCGCAGAACUGAGCAAUGGGUGYACUGGUGAUGGGUACACAUCCAGAUGGUAUCACAUAUCUAAUGGGGAGCAYUUCUGUAAUGCAUGUUUUGAUCACAUGUAUCGAAGUCAUAAAGAUGGUUAUGAAGCAUAUGCCAAGUGGAAGUUUGAAUGGGGUGGAUAUUGUCAACGAGAGGCCAGCACGAAGACCUAYGUUGCUGAAACAGUGAUGGCAUAUUGGGUCAAGUGUAAGAAAUGUGGUAAAUGGCGGUCACUUCCAAGGACUGAAGGAGACCUAACACCUGAUCUGGCUAAAGAGUGGUCCUGUAAGUCCUUUACGACCAGCAAAAAGGCAAAAGCAAAAGGACCUCAUCCAUGUGAUUUACCAGAAGAUGAGAGGGUUUCAGGAGCAUCAACACCAGGAUGGCUAUUAAGUCUAUUUGAACCUCCUCUGCUUAAGAACAGCCCUGCUACUCAGUACCUGAAGACUUACUUUCCAGAUGGGGUGGGGCUCUCGCCUGUGCUUAAUGAUGACAAAGAGAAAAUUGAGACCAACACAAAUGGUUCUUGUAGUACAGGAUAUCUACAGCCAUUCUACAACCCCGAUAUUGGUGAAUCAGCUUUUACUUUUAGACCAGACACCAUGGAACAASAAGAAGAGGCCUAUUUUCCUCAUUUUGCUUCAACAAGAGAAGCAUCAAUAAUCUACCUCACGCUGAGGAAUCUAAUACUAGCACUAUGGGCAUCAGGGUGCAAGGAAUGCUUGACCAAGGAUAAGGUUGCCRAUAACAUCAUUACAAGAGGCCUUGUAAGAAUACCACUUAUUCAGGAGGCAGAAAACAUCCUGCGAUACCUGUCAAUCAAGGGCAUUGUCAAUCAUGGGAUAAUUGACAAUAUAGAGUCAUCAUUGUCUGAUCAAAAGUUAUCAGUGAUAGUAAUAGGAGCAGGAGCAUCUGGAUUGUCGGCAGCAAGACACCUCAGCAAGUUUGGUGUGAAGGUGACUGUAUUAGAAGCAAGGAACAGAAUAGGAGGGCGUGUCUCUGAUGAUCUUUCUCUAGGCUGCUGUGUCGGUAAAGGGGCACAAAUUCUAACCGGGUGUAUUAACAACCCUAUAUCUGUGCUAUGCGAACAGCUAGGACUGAGCAUGAAGCACAUCAGUGGCCAUUGUGAUCUUCUAGACAAUAAAGGACAAGCAGCUGAUAUCAGUGUUGACAAGAAGGUUGAAUUUCACUUCAAUUCCAUUCUCGAUGCCAUUGCAGAAUGGAGAAAAGGAAAGACAGAAGAUAUGCCAUUAGAAGACAGAAUACAAGAGAUGCACAAGAUCUUCUUAGAAGAAACUCAAAUAGAAUUCUCAGAG